CCUGAGCGGCGGUAGUGCCGGGUCGAAGGCUGACUGUUUCUCGCGGCCCUGCGCUCAAGCUGCUUUCUCCUGCUGGUCGGUAGAGCGGACCCUUGCUGCCUUCCUGCCUCUUCUUCCUCCUUGUGGCUCUGUCCACCCGCUGGACUGCAAACCAAGCCCCCGCCCGCCUCGCAGAUUUCCAUGAAGACAACUUACAAGGACCUUAAUGGCCUCAUUUUAGCUGCUUCAGCGUGUGGAGCUAUUGCUUGCUCCUUUUCUUCCUGUGCCUGGUGUCACAGUGGCUACUGAGCACCAUGAAGGUUGUUCCAGAGAAAAAUGCUGUCCGCAUACUCUGGGGGCGAGAACGGGGCACUCGGACCUUCGGAGCUCAGCGGCUUCUGCAGGAGCUGGUGGAAGAUAAAACCCGGUGGAUGAAAUGGGAGGGCAAGAGAGUAGAACUGCCGGAUAGUCCACGCUCUACCUUCUUACUGGCUUUCAGCCCAGACAGGACUCUCUUGGCCUCCACCCACGUGAACCAUAAUAUCUAUAUUACGGAGGUGAAGACUGGCAAGUGUGUUCAUUCUCUGAUUGGACACCGUCGCACUCCGUGGUGUGUCACUUUCCAUCCCACCAUCUCAGGCCUUAUUGCUUCUGGCUGCCUGGAUGGGGAGGUUAGGAUUUGGGAUUUACACGGUGGCAGUGAAAGCUGGUUCACAGAUAGCAACAAUGCCAUUGCCUCUCUGGCUUUCCACCCUACGGCUCAGCUCCUUCUGAUUGCCACUGCGAAUGAGAUCCACUUCUGGGAUUGGAGCCGAAGGGAGCCCUUUGCUGUGGUGAAGACAGCUAGCGAGAUGGAACGAGUCCGUCUGGUGAGAUUUGAUCCUCUUGGACACUACUUACUCACAGCAAUUGUUAACCCCUCUAAUCAGCAGGGUGAUGAUGAACCAGAGAUCCCCAUAGAUGGAACAGAAUUAUCUCACUACCGACAGCGUGCCCUCCUGCAAUCACAGCCAGUUCGUCGGACGCCUCUCCUCCACAAUUUCCUGCACAUGCUGUCCUCUCGCUCCUCUGGCAUCCAGGUGGGAGAGCAAAGCACAGUGCAAGAGUCUGCUACCCCCUCACCCCCACCGCCUCCCCCUCAGCCCUCCAUGGAGCGCCCCAGGACUUCCGCUUACAUCAGGCUCCGACAGCGGGUCAGUUACCCCACAGCUGAGUGCUGCCAGCACCUUGGGAUCCUGUGCCUUUGCAGCCGCUGCUCUGGCACUCGAGUUCCUUCCCUCUUGCCACACCAGGACAGUGUUCCCCCUGCUUCUGCCAGGGCUACUACCCCUUCCUUUUCUUUUGUACAGACCGAGCCCUUCCAUCCCCCGGAGCAGGCCUCAUCAACGCAGCAGGACCAGGGCCUCCUGAACCGGCCGUCUGCCUUCAGUACAGUCCAGAGCAGCACUGCCGGCAACACGCUCCGCAACCUCAGUCUGGGUCCCACCCGUCGCUCUUUGGGAGGCCCUUUGUCUAGCCACCCUUCUAGGUAUCACCGAGAAAUAGCUUCCGGACUGACAGGAUCUGAAUGGACCCGGACAGUGCUCAGUCUGAACUCCCGCUCUGAGGCGGAAUCCAUGCCCCCGCCCAGGACCAGUGCCUCUUCGGUGACUUUGCUGUCUGUGCUGAGGCAGCAGGAAGGUGGCUCUCAAGCAUCUGUGUACACUUCAGCCACAGAAGGGAGGGGUUUUCCAGCUUCAGGGUUGGCAACUGAGUCGGAUGGAGGGAAUGGCUCCAGCCAAAACAACUCAGGCAGCAUUCGCCAUGAUCUUCCAUGUGACCUGAGACGCUUCUUUUUGGAGUAUGACCGGCUUCAGGAGCUGGACCAGAGCCUGAAUGGGGACCCCCCCCAGACCCAACAGGCCCAGGAAAUGCUCAAUAAUAACAUUGAAUCUGAGAGGCCAGGCCCCUCCCACCAGCCCACCCCACACAGCAGUGAGAACAACUCCAACCUGUCCCGUGGUCAUCUGAAUCACUGUCGUGCUUGCCACAAUCUGCUAACAUUUAACAACGAUACCCUGCGUUGGGAAAGAACCACACCUAACUACUCCUCUGGCGAGGCCAGCUCCUCCUGGCAGGUCUCCAGUACUUUUGAGGGCAUGCCAUCGAGUGGCAGCCAAUUACCCCCUCUUGAGCGGACUGAGGGCCAUACCCCCAGCUCCAGCAGGCUGGAGUUGAGCAGCUCUGCUAGUCCGCAGGAGGAGAGGACUGUGGGGGUGGCCUUCAAUCAGGAGACAGGCCACUGGGAAAGAAUUUACACCCAGUCCAGCAGAACUGGAACUGUAUCACAGGAGGCCUUACAUCAGGAUAUGCCUGAGGAAAGCUCUGAGGAAGAUUCACUCAGGAGGAGGCUGCUGGAGUCUUCCCUCAUUUCAUUAUCCCGUUAUGAUGGAGCAGGAUCCAGAGAGCACCCAAUUUACCCAGACCCAGCGAGAUUAUCUCCUGCUGCAUACUACGCUCAGAGGAUGAUCCAGUAUCUUUCACGGAGAGACAGUAUUCGCCAGCGCUCCAUGCGCUACCAACAGAACCGGCUUCGCUCUUCCACCUCCUCCUCUUCUUCAGACAACCAGGGCCCAUCAGUAGAGGGAACCGACUUGGAAUUUGAGGACUUUGAGGACAAUGGUGACAGAUCCAGGCACCGAGCUCCACGCAACGCCCGGAUGUCUGCGCCUUCGCUGGGACGCUUUGUACCAAGGCGUUUCUUGCUGCCUGAGUACUUGCCUUAUGCUGGGAUUUUUCAUGAACGUGGACAGCCUGGCUUGGCUACUCACUCUUCUGUUAACAGGGUCCUGGCAGGGGCAGUGAUUGGUGAUGGACAGUCUGCUGUGGCCAGUAAUAUUGCCAAUACUACCUACCGGCUCCAGUGGUGGGACUUCACUAAAUUUGACCUCCCAGAAAUCAGUAAUGCCUCUGUGAAUGUGCUGGUACAGAACUGCAAGAUCUACAAUGAUGCCAGCUGUGACAUUUCUGCAGAUGGCCAACUCCUGGCAGCUUUCAUCCCUAGCAGCCAAAGGGGCUUUCCCGAUGAAGGCAUCCUGGCAGUGUACUCCUUGGCCCCCCACAACUUGGGUGAAAUGCUCUACACCAAGCGAUUUGGUCCCAAUGCCAUUUCUGUGAGCCUGUCCCCCAUGGGCCGGUACGUAAUGGUGGGCUUGGCCUCACGAAGGAUCCUGCUGCACCCCUCCACAGAGCACAUGGUGGCCCAGGUCUUCAGGCUGCAACAGGCCCAUGGUGGCGAGACCUCCAUGCGGAGAGUUUUCAACGUCCUUUAUCCCAUGCCUGCUGACCAGCGGAGACAUGUCAGCAUCAACUCUGCCCGCUGGCUGCCUGAGCCUGGGCUCGGCCUGGCCUAUGGUACCAACAAGGGAGACCUGGUGAUCUGCCGACCAGAGGCCUCGAACUCUGGCAUUGAGUACUACUGGGACCAGCUGAACGAGACUGUCUUCACGGUCCACUCCAGCAGCCGGAGCAGUGAAAGGCCCGGAACCAGCAGAGCCACAUGGAGGACAGACAGAGACAUGGGUCUGAUGAACGCAAUUGGGUUGCAGCCCCGGAACCCCACCACCUCAGUGACGUCUCAGGGCACCCAGACUCUGGCCCUUCAGCUGCAGAAUGCAGAAACACAAACGGAGAGGGAGAUACAGGAGCCAGGGACAGCAGCCUCGGGUCCCGGAGAAGGUGAGGGCUCGGAGCACGCAGGUGGGGAAGACGCCCUCAGCAGGAUCCAGCGGCUGAUGGCCGAGGGCGGCAUGACCGCCGUGGUGCAGCGGGAGCAGAGCACCACCAUGGCCUCCAUGGGCGGCUUCGGCAACAACAUCAUCGUCAGCCACCGCAUUCACCGCAGCUCCCAGACAGGGACUGAGCCCGGGGCCGCCCGCACCUCCUCGCCCCAGCCCUCCACCUCUCGGGGACUGCUCCCGGAACCUGGGCAGCUGGCAGAGCGAGGCCUAAGCCCCCGGACAGCCUCCUGGGACCAGCCCAGUACCCCUGGGCAGGAGCCCCCCCAGCCAUCCCUGCCCUUUUCCUCCCCUGCCCCUACUCCUGUCCCCCUUCCCAGCACUGAGGGACCAACCCCGCCCUGCGACCUGACCAGUAGCAACCACCUUCCUGACAGUGGUGGUAGCAGCAGGGGGGAAGCCGCAGGCCCCAGUGGGGAGCCACGGAACAGGUAGAGACAAGUGUGCACUGGUGCCUCCCUCAAACCGCUGAGCAGAAAUCGGACCUCACAGCUGACUGGGAACUGGACACACGGAAGAGCUGCGGGCUGCAUCGGGAACAGAGCAAGAGGGCGGGAGUUCGAGGAAAUCAGUCAGUGGGCGUGAGGCAGUCAAACAGGCAAGGCUCGCCUUGGGACUAGAACCUUUCAGGAUCUGGAGCCCACAGAGCCACACUGCUGUGCUGAGUGAAUGGAGGAGCAAGUGGGUAUUCUGCCAUGAACCCCCUUUCUCCUAUUCACAGAGAACCCCAGAGGGUGAGCAGUCUCCCAGAUCUGGGCCAAACCAUCCAGCACAGCGGCCGGUGGGACAGCUUUGCCCUGUCCACCUGUUGUAGGGGCCAAGCCACUAGGACUUGAAGAGCAAGAGGAGCAGCCCGGCCCCCAGAAACCAUCUCUGUCUUGGAGCCUCCAGAGCUUCAGCCUCGUAUCUCUCCCCGCGGAGACCACUGUCGGGCAGGCCAGGCCCAGAUUCCUGAGGACAGGGCUUCUACGCCUGCUAAUGGGGACAACCAUGGGGUGAGGGGGGGCCUGCCUGCCUGACACAGGAUGGGGUCGAGGGAUGGUGGGCAGGUCCUCACUCAGGAGUGGGGGGUGUAGGCUGGCCAGCCCCCAUGGCCUGUCCACCAAGAGCAGCGCCUGUGGGUAUCAGUAUUACCUGAGCCGAGGCCAAAGCCAGCCCGAGGCUGGGGGAGGGGAUGAAACUCCAGGUCAGAAUGUGAGGUCUUGGUCUGUGAUUUAAGGUGUUGCAUGUGGAAUCUUAAACUGUACGUGUAGUUUCUAGUGGAAAAAUCAAAGCGCUGAUUAUUUUGUUUUUAGUAUGAAAAUGUGAUUUCUGUUUGUAACUCAUAGAAACAUUGUGGUGGGAGGAGAGGGGAUAGUCUGACUGCUAAUGAGGGAAACACCAAAGAUCUACAUCAUUAAAAUGAUGACA